UUUGUAAUUACGGCGGGGUUUUAGUAGACUCUAAACCGCCGUGGAAGUCGGUACGAUUGCGAUUAAGGACUACGAACUGGAAUAAAGGAUAUCAAAAAUGGAGCAGACUAAGGUUAAGGAGCAGAAUCAAACCGGGGACUCUUCCCAUAAGAAGCGCGAUGCCAUCUGGCCAUUGGUUCUGUUUUAUAUCCACAUGAAUAUCCUCGGUGUCUAUGGGAUCUAUGUACUGCUGACCAGCGCUUCGUGGGCCACGAUUCUGUUUACUGCUCUACUCACCCUUCUGGGCACCAUGGGCGUUACAGUGGGUGUUCACCGUUUAUGGGCGCACAGGACCUUCACGGCCUCCAAACCUUUAAGGGUUUUUCUUAUGCUGUGCCAGUCCACAGCCGGUCAGGGCUCCAUCUACAGUGUGGUGCAGGCCCAUAGACUACACCAUGCCAAGUUCCAGCAGGAUGAGGAUCCUUUCUACAGCAAGCAUAGCUUUAUGUAUGCCCAGGUGCGAGGCGGCCUGCUGAAGUACUCGCCCCAGCAGGAAGAGCUACUCAAGGAUAUUGAUAUGUCUGAUUUGGAGAACGAUGCUAUUGUGAUGUUUCAGAAGCGUUUCUAUGUUCUGCUAUACAUCUUCCUCAACGUACUGCUCUCGGUCAACACACCUUUCCAGUACUUUGGUGACUCCAUUUCCUCGUCCAUGUUUGUGGGCUUCUGGCUGCGUAGCCUUAUUGUAAUCAACCUGGGUAACCUGGUUCAUUCCUCCCACUUCAUCUGGAGCAUCCACAAGGGCUUUAAGCCCACGGACUCGAACAGCAUUUUCCUGAUCACCAAGAGCUACUGGCCGCAGUACCAUUACCUGCUUCCCCGGGAUUAUCAGAGCGGCGAGUUUGGAGACUAUGCCUCGGGUAUUGGUUCGGCUAUGAUCCGUGUGUUUGCCGCCCUCGAUUGGGCCAAGGAUCUGAAGACUAUAGGAUCCGUGGUGGUGCGUCAAGGACUUACAAAGGCAGUGGAAACGGGUCGACCGAUAGUCGAGUGCAUUGAGGAGGAGGUGCAGUUGGAGGAGAAUGCGCUGCCCACCAAUCAUUUUCUUAAUCGAGAGAAGUUUAUGUAAAAUAUGUUGACAUAAAGUAAGGGUAUAUUAAGCCUUAUUUCAAGUUUCAAGUUUGCAAAUGUUUAUUUUAUUUGUAUAUUAUAUUUUAUUAUAGAAAUAAUGAAUUUCUAGUUGCUUGUUCUUUUAA